UCUUCACUGUUCGUUGUGUGGUACUCGUAGAAAUUUGUGUUUUAAAUGAGUUUCCAAACUAGUGUUGUGAUAACGUUAGUAUGCCUAUUCCAAAUGAGUGGAACGGUGUUUUCCAAUGAUCGAAUCAAUUUGAGGUGUUACUAUGGAUACGAAGAAGAUUUAUAUGCAUGUACGCUUUAUAAUCUCAAUAUUACAACGAAUGUUGAGGUAGAUUUCUUCAAUGGUUCACACCUCCCGGGACUGUCAAAUGAUGAUGUCAAGAUGAUGAUUUUCAAUAAUGGAACGAUGAUCUAUCUACCGGCUGGUAUGGGCAUUCUAUUUACCAACUUAUUGGUCAUAAAAGUUGGAGACAUUUUUAAACCGUUACCAUUCAAAAAUUUACAACGAUCGAGUUUCAAUACGUUGAAAAAACUCACAUAUUUAGCAAUUUACACACAUAACACAGAUAUCAACAUUGAACUGGACGCUUUUUGGGAUCUCAAGAAUUUGACAUUAUUUUAUGUCAAUGGCCGUAGUAAUAGUAGCCUAGUUUUGCAGGAGAACACAUUCCGGGAAAACAAAAGGAUACGGUAUGUCGAGAUUGCAGAAACUUACAUUGAAGUUUUACCCAGGUCGUUAUUCCGACAUAACUUGUUGCUGGAUACGGUUCUGCUUAUAAAUUGCUCAAUUAAGACAAUCGACGAAAAUAUAUUUGAAACAAACACAAAAUUGGUCAAUGUUGAACUGUCUGACAACAAGAUAGAACAUUUACCCACAAACUUAUUCAGCAAUAAGCCAGAAUUGCGUCAUAUUUUUAUCGACGGUAAUAAACUGCAGACUAUAGAAGUUGAUUUCACAAAGCUUCGACGAAUUGAAGUUGUGUUUUUGCUGAACAAUACUUGCACUGAUGCAGAAUAUUGGAGUGUGACAAACUACAAUUAUGAUGUUCCGUUUGGAAAUAUAUACGAAUUCCAGAACGCAAUCCGAGCGAAUUGCAGUGCCCAUUAUCGGGUGCCAAUGGGGAGAUGGCAUGGUUUAGUUUAGUGAAAUUUACGAAAGCAGCAAAAAUAAUAAUAAAAAAAAAAAUAGAAAGAAAUCUAUAAUA